AUGGCCUUGUCACAAUUAUCCCCCCAUAUGACCAGUCCCUUAGGCUUUGUCCUCACGGUCUCGGGUUCUAUCAUGUUGCUGUAUCUGAUUGAGCACUACAUCCUCGGCGUCCCAUAUCCUCCCGAAGUUUCACUGGUUCGCGAGCCAGCUGGAGCAAGACGCUUCAGCAUUCGCACGAGAUUGGCCUACUACACCGACUGCCAGAACCUCUUCCGCGACGCAUAUGAUAAUUAUUUGAAGAAGGGUAAGCCCGUUGUCAUACCUGGCAUUGGUUUUCGCCACGAGGUUCUCAUGCCUCCUCAAACCAUGAGCUGGGUGAUGGCUCAGCCAGAGAACGAACUUGAUCCUGCGGCCGCAUUCGUUGAAAUUGACCAAGUGAGAUGGGCAUUGGGGGACGACCGUUACGUCUCAGAUGCCUGGCAUGGCAUGCUCGUUAAGACAGAUCUAAACCGCGUGCUGGAGAACAUCUGCACGGCGCUGAACAGCGAGCUCGGGUUCGCCUUCGAUAAGCAUUUUGGUACCGAUACGGAGAACUGGAAGGAGAUCGACCUCUUCGAGACCGUGAGAAUGGUUGUUGCUCAGGCCGCGAGCCGCUUUACGCUUGGUCUCCCGCUUUGCCAGAAUGAAGAAUAUCUUCGACUGUCGUUGGAAAUUAUUGACCGUCUGGUUCUAAAUGCUGGUGUUACUGGCGGCGCUCCAAGACUCCUCCAACCUCUCGUUGGCACGACCAUCAACUGGACCCUGCAUAGCAAAGUCCACAGGCUGAAGACACUCUUUGCGCCAGUCUGGAAAGAACGUCUAGUCUCAUUGAAGCGCGCCAGAGACGACCCCAACCACGUCGAGCCGCAGGAUCACCUUCAGAUGAUGGUCCGCUUUGCCGAGAAGCACCGUCCUGAAGAAUUCAACGACCUCGACUCCAUGACGCGGCGCCUCAUUGCCACCAAUUUUGGCUCCAUGCACCAGACAAGCAUCCAGGUAACCAAUCUGCUCCUGAAUAUCAUUGGCUCCGCCGCCGAGUUCAAUACAAUCGCCAUUCUUAGAGAUGAGACUCGCCGGUUCCUCCAAAACGGCAGCAACACCCAGUGGACCAAAGCCAAGGUUGCCCAGAUGGUCAAAUCAGACAGUGUCCUUCGUGAAACUCUCCGGCUCCAGUCGUUUGGUGGUCGCGCCGUCCUCCGCAAGGUCAUGGUUGAGGGCUAUAAGACGCCCAGCGGAUACAGUCUUCCCAAAGGCACUAUAAUCUCCUUCCUCGGUCAAGCGGCUCAGACGGAUGCCGAUUCUAUCGACGAUCCCCUGAAAUUCGAUCCCUUCCGCUUCUCGCGUCUCCGAGACGAGGCGGCGAGCAAAAACGAACCGCCACCGCCAGUUUCCUUCGUGGCCACGGGACCGAAGUAUUUAUCCUUCGGGCACGGGAAGCACGCCUGCCCAGGUCGCUUUCUUAUCGACUUCGAGUUGAAGAUGAUCAUUGCGUAUGUAUUGGGUCACUACGACAUCGAGUUCCCUUCGAACUACAACAACCAACGGCCGGCGAAUUACUGGGUUGCCGAGGCCGUGUUCCCACCAAAGGGUGCUAGGCUUAUGAUCAAAAGAAGGCCGACUGAGGCUUGA